GUGGUUGCACACGGGAAGCCUGUGCGAGAUGGCGGUCGACAGUAGGACCGAUUAGUACCUUGAGCCCCGCCGUGUUGGUUUAACGUUUGCCUUAUCAUACACCUGCUUCUGCCCCGAGUCAUGGAGGGGGGUAAACCGAACCUGGCCCUGGUCUAUCAGGCGGUCCAGGCUUUGUAUCAUGACCCGGACCCCACCGGGAAGGAGCGAGCCUCGGUGUGGCUUGGGGAACUCCAGAGAUCGAUGUAUGCGUGGGAAAUUUCGGACCAGCUGCUGCAGCUCAAACAGGACGUGGAGUCAUGCUACUUUGCCGCUCAGACCAUGAAGAUGAAGAUCCAGACGUCAUUCUAUGAGCUACCGCCGGAGACCCACAAUGCACUGCGGGACUCGCUGCUGACACACAUCCAGAACCUCAAAGACUUAUCACCCAUCAUUGUCACCCAGCUGGCUUUAGCCAUUGCAGAUCUUGCUCUCCAGAUGGCCUCAUGGAAGGGAUGUGUUCACACGCUCAUAGAAAAGUACAACAACGACAUCAGCUCCAUGCCCUUCCUUAUAGAGAUUCUCACCGUGCUGCCAGAGGAAGUCCACAGCCGCUCCCUUAGAAUUGGAGCCAAUCGCAGGACGGAGAUAAUCGAGGACCUGGCAUAUUACUCGAGCACUGUUGUCACACUGCUGACCACUUGUGUAGAGAAGACGGGGAAUGAUGAGAAGAUGUUAAUUAAAGUUUUUCGCUGUCUGGGCAGCUGGUUUAACCUUGGUGUCCUCGACAGCAACUUUAUGGCCUCUAACCAGCUGCUGAUGGUGCUGUUCCAAGUGCUGCAGAGAGAUGAAACCACCACCAACCUCCAUGAGGCUGCAUCAGACUGUGUUUGCUCUGCCCUGUAUGCCAUAGAGAAUGUGGACACCAACAUGGCACUGGCUUUGCAGCUUUUUCAGGGUGUCCUGACGCUGGAGACGGCAUAUCACAUGGCCGUGGCACGAGAAGACCUCGACAAAGUGCUGAACUACUGCCGGAUCUUCACUGAGCUCUGUGAGACAUUUUUAGAGACCACAGUUAGGAGUCCUGGUCAGGGCAUGGGGGACCUGAGGACACUGGAGCUGCUGCUGAUUUGUGCAGGGCACCCACAGUACGAGGUGGUGGAGAUCUCCUUUAACUUUUGGUACCGUCUUGGAGAACAUCUGUAUAAGAUUAGUGAUGUGGCUCUUCACUCCAUCUUCAGACCGUACAUUCAGAGGCUACUUCACUGUUUGGCCCGACACUGUCAGCUGGAUCCAGACCAUGAGGGGAUCCCUGAGGACACCGAUGACUUUGGAGAGUUUCGGAUGAGGGUCUCUGACCUUGUUAAAGACGUUAUUUUUCUUGUUGGUUCUAUGGAGUGUUUCGCUCAGUUAUAUUCCACUUUAAAAGAGGGAAACCCACCCUGGGAGGUAACGGAGGCUGUUCUGUUCAUCAUGGCUGCAAUCGCAAAAAGUGUUGACCCAGAGAACAACCCCACCUUGACAGAGGUUCUGCAGCAGGUGGUGUUGCUGCCAGAAAACGUCCAUAUGGCCGUUCGUUAUACAAGUAUUGAGCUGGUUGGAGAGAUGAGUGAGGUGGUGGAUAGGAACCCUCGAUUCCUUGACCCGGUGUUAAACUACCUGAUGAAGGGCCUGAGGGACAAACCUCUGGCUUCUGCAGCGGCCAAAGCAAUCCACAAUAUCUGCUCAGUGUGCAGAGACCACAUGGCUCAGCACUUCCAGGGUCUGUUGGACAUCGCACGAUCACUUGACUCCUUCGCCUUGUCCACAGAGGCGGCAGUGGGGCUGCUCAAAGGUACGGCGCUCGUCCUGGCUCGUCUUCCUCUGGAGAAAAUCGCUGAAUGUCUCAGUGACCUCUGUGCUGUUCAGGUCAUGGCCCUGAAAAAGCUUUUAGCUGAAGAAUCAACGAACGGUAAAUCAGCGGAUCCCACCGUCUGGCUCGACAGACUUGCUGUUAUUUUCAGACACACAAACCCCAUUGUAGAAAACGGACAAACACACCCCUGUCAGAAAGUCAUCCAGGAGAUCUGGCCUGUACUCUCAGAGACUCUAAACACUCAUCAGGCCGAUAACAGAAUAGUGGAGCGCUGCUGUCGCUGCCUUCGCUUCGCUGUGCGAUGUGUUGGAAAAGGCUCCGCCUCCCUACUACAGCCACUGGUCACUCAGAUGGUGAGUGUGUACCAGGUGUAUCCACACUCCUGCUUCCUGUACCUGGGUAGCAUCCUGGUGGAUGAGUACGGCAUGGAGGAGGGCUGCAGGCAGGGGCUGCUCGACAUGUUACAGGCUUUGUGUAUGCCGACCUUCCAGCUGUUGGAGCAGCCGAAUGGUUUGAGGAAUCACCCCGACACCGUAGAUGACCUGUUCAGAUUGGCCACCAGGUUUGUUCAGCGGAGUCCUGUCACUUUACUCAGUAGCAGCAUCAUUGUUCACAUCAUCCAGUGCGCCAUCGCAGCCACCUCACUUGAUCACCGAGACGCCAACUGUAGCGUCAUGAAGUUUGUCCGAGAUCUGAUCCACAGCGGUGUUGCCAACGAUCAUGAGGAGGACUUUGAGGUGAGGAAGCAGCUGAUUGGCCAGGCCAUGGAGCAGCACGGCCAGCAGCUCAUCACCCAGCUCAUGCACUCAUGUUGUUUCUGUCUGCCGCCGUACACGCUGCCCGACGUUGCGGAGGUGCUGUGGGAAAUCAUGGUGUUCGACCGGCCGACGUUCUGCCGUUGGUUGGAAAAUGCUCUGAAGGGUUUACCCAAGGAGACAUCAGGUGGGGCGGUGACGGUGACACACAAACAGCUCACAGACUUCCACAAACAGGUUACCAGUGCUGAGGAGUGCAAACAGGUGUGCUGGGCCAUCAGAGAGUUCACAAGACUGUUUCGAUAGCUGUAACGUUUCCAUGACAACAGGUUAAAUCUUUUGUUGGCCAACAUUCAGAGGUGACGGCAAAAAGCUGCAAAUGCAGAUGAGAAUCCAAAGGGACGCGAUGAAGACCGUGAUGAUGAUGAUAAAGGGAGGCGGACUUUGAAUGUGUGACGAGAGAAUCACUAUGAAGUGGACUCGUAGGGUGACAACUGAUAAGCCCCUCCCCCGACCCCCCCACCACCACUACCACCCCCACCCUACCUCUCACCUGCAGCAGGUGUUUGUAGGUGGGCUGGACUGAUGAAGUGGGUGUGGCCAGGCUGAAGUGGGCGGAGUUGGACUGAUUCAACAGGAUGUGCCUGUCUACAGUUUUUAGAGAAGAGAAGAUUUAUUUUUGUCUUAUGAACUCGGUCGUGAUGUUUUUGUCGUGCCAUAAAAAAGAGCCAAAUCAAUCACAUGAUGCUCUUUGGCUGAGCGGCUGUCGCUCACCUGGAGGUAGAAAAGAGAGAAAGAGGCUUACUUCUGGAAAGUUUGGCGUCACCUUUGACCUUUUAAAAUUUUGUUCAAUUUUAGUUAUGCCACAAAGUGAAGCUGCGACAGAGUGAACUCUGGGAAAUGAGACACCAUGACAUCAUUGGUGAUGUAGCCUUGUUAUAAACAAUAAAAACAAGUGAGACAACAAACCAUGGUGUGUUUGAGUCCUGAUGUUAAAGGGUGUUAAAGCAAUAAGCAGCUGGUGGCUGUGGCACAGGUUCAACUCAAACACUGAGUCAUCGCUGCUCCCACAAACCUCAUUCUUCAGGAUCUCAUUCAGUUGAGUUUAAUAAACAAAGGUUAAGUAGGAUCCAAGCACCACCUACCAAUGUGGACCCAAAGCCAUGCUAACCCAAAGGAAUCACCCUGUGUAUUUUACUGCUGGUCUUUCUUGUCAAUAUGAACAUCAGUCCAACAGGGCGGUGCUGGUGCAGUGGUCACCCCUGUGGCAUCAACACCAGGAGCUCUAGAGUUCAAUUCCUUUCUGGACAUGUCUUGUGUGAAAUUUGCAUGGUCUCCCUUCAUCUGUGUGGGUUCUCUCCAGGUACUCCAGCUUCCUCCUAUCAUCCAAAAACAUGUAGGUUUAUGGGUUAAUUGGUCUAUCUCAAUGGCCUAUGGGUGUGAAUGGUUUGUUGCUGUAUGUCAGAUGUGAUGAACCAGUCACAUCCAGGCUGCACACCACCUUCACUUAUUGGUAGCCCGAAUAGAUAUUGAUACCCCUGCGACCAUGUCGAGGACUAAAUGGUUAAAAAAAUGAAUGAAUGAAGGGACAAACAACUUUGCUCUAUACUAUUAACCAGAUCCACCUAAAAUUUGGUGUUUGGUGUUGGCACAAAAAGGCCAGGAUUCAAAUACACAGGGUGAUUCAUUUGUUUAACAGUAAAGAGCAUAACUUCCCGUUGCCAGUUAGACAAUGACUAUGAUCCAGUAUCAGUGUGAACAUAUCCUCAGUGGGGGUAGUUCUGUCAAAUUUGGAAAGAUCUGAUAGUGUGUAUUUGAAACCCUUUCUUUCCCCACAGAGGCAAAGAUCAAAAU